GGCAGCGCAGAUGCGGAGUAAACGGCCGUUGGAGCAAACAGGACUAUAACCGUGACAGGAGUCAGCUACUUCCCCUUUGAGGAAACUAAAGCAGAUCUUUGAUCGGUUCUUCUUCGAACUUUUCCUUCGUUUUCCUGGAAAGUGAACCUGGAUAAAGCCUGGAACUUUCUACCCGCCUGGAAGCUGAAGGGAAAAGGACCAUUCACCCCAAAAUGAAAACUGAGCUGAAGGAGCAGGAUGGCUUUAAACUCUAAACACCUUGGAUCACACUUGUUUUGAUAACCAAUCAUAAAAACCAAACCGAACUUUAAAAAGGGACUAAAAGCCUAGUUUCUGAUUUGGAUCAUAUCCGGACCACAGCCAUCAUGCCGAUCCUCAAGCAGCUGGUGAACAACUCCAGCCAGUCCAAGAGGAGGUCCCGGGGCGACCUGACGGUGGAAAUGAUCAGCGCUCCGAUGGGGGACUUCCGUCACACCAUGCACGUGGGUCGAGGCGGCGACGCCUUCGGAGACACUUCGUUUCUCAGCUCCAGAUCGGGGGAACCUCCGAGGGAACCCCCGACGAAACAGGCCUCGCCAGGUCUCAAACCGGGACUGCUCAGCCGCACCUUCAGAAGCAGCAAGCGCUCCCAUUCUGUCAACCGAGGAGAUAACCUGGGGUACAGUACAGGAAGUCUGCCGUCCGGCUCGACUCAGUUUGUGAAAACCGCCACAUCCCUGCCUUACCUGAAUGAUGACAGUUCCAGCAGGAGCAACGCGCUGCCAAAUAGCGCCUCCAGUCCGAUGAAGACGCUGGCAGAAGCAGAAAAGAAGCCGAUGAACGGCGGGGCAGCUUUGGCUACGAUUGAUCCGGAGCUUGAAGAGCGGAAUUUCGGUGAAAUCAAGGAGCUGCCUCCGUCCAUGCCUAAAAGAAGUGGGAUGAAACACGCAGAGUCCAUAAUGUCCUUCCACAUUGACCUGGGUCCCUCCAUGCUGGGGGACAUCCUGAGCGUGAUGGAGAAGAAGAGCUGGGAAGACGACGACCUCGGCUACGAGGAAGGCAGAGUUAACGAGGAGCACGCGUCGCCGUCCCACAUCCCUCACAUCGACGACGACGACGCAGAGGAGCGGGCUCCUUCCAGACCGCCUCGCGGCGAAUACCAGCUCCAGCAAACGGCCGAAGCGGAUCCACACAUUCCAGAGCUAAACGACAGGAACCACCACAACACGGAUAGCUGCUCCGUGUCCAGCUCCGGCUCAGAAAAACCUCAGUACAACGUCCACGACGCCGACGCCGACAGCGCAAAGUACAGUUCGCCACGCGGGGAGGAUGACUUCACCUUCAUGGAUCAGGAGGACGAUGAGAUCAGAGUUUAGAUUCAGCAGAACUCUGUGCCAUAAAGCAAAAAAAUAA